GCAAGUUAGUAGCAAUACUAUGACGUGAUACACGUACCCAGCUGUGACAUGUCAAAAGAGAGGAUGUUAAAGAAGCUGCACUCGAAAGUUUCAUUCAGCAGUGAGCCGGAUAAAGAGUAUACACUUCCUUCUAGAACCUCUACUGCUUCCUCCAGCUCAGAGGACAGUCCUCCACCGAGGGAGGAAGAAAGAUGGGCGACUAGUGAGAACCAGGACAAGAGAAAGAACGGAGGAGAUAUAGACAAGAAAAGUGAACGAGAGAGACAGAAAAGUGAACAGAAAAGGAUCAGCACGACUAAAUUAAAGGGGUUACAGUCCUUUUCUGCGAUGCUGUCGGAGAACAACAAGAGUCAGAACAAACUGUUCAAGAAGGGUCGUAGUAAGUUAGAGUUCUUCAAGAUGACAGACAAGGGUUUACUGCUGACGAAGAUCCUAGAGCUGUAUCCAGUGAAGGCAGAGUACGUGAGGGCUAUUCUGGACAGCCACAAGAUAGAUGAAGAUGGCAGUAUCAAAGCGACUGAACUGCUAGAGUUUUUUAAGACACUGUAUGUAGAUGAUGCCCUACGAAACGACGAUACGAUCAAUAUCAACAAACUGAGAUCUGAGGUAGAAGCAUUCGAACUACAGAUAAAGAACAACGACAACAGGAUCAAGAUAUCAGAUCUGGCACUGCUGCUGCCACAAAAGGAACGGCUCUUCCUAAAGUUCAUCAGCUUCUGUAGAAAGCAGAUCACUAGCGUAGAGUUCUUCGAACUGCUCCUCAAGUACGCUACUGACAAGUCAGGAAAGAUCUCCCAAGAUGCCCUCUACAAGAUGGUGAAGGACUUUGCAGAUGAGAUAGGGGCACCAGAGGAUCACUGCAAUGACUGUGUCAGAUACAUACUCGCUCUGUUCAACGCUGAUGACGAUUCUACUUUGGACAUAUUUGAUUUCCCGCGGUUAUUCAAUAUCGAAGGAAACUUCCUGAAGAAACUGAAACCUCAUGGACGGUUCUCAGCGGUUGAUUUCGAUAAUAUCAUCAAACAUUACGACAGAGAUACUAAUGGGACUAUUGAUGCUGGUGGGGAACUGAUGGCGCUCAUAGCAGAUGUGCUGGAAUACGCUGACAUCAGGGUAAACGGAGAGCUACUCUUCGAAAUGGUGGAUGCAGCUCUCGAGCUCUGCGAGAAGACAAACCUCCAAAAGUUGGGGACUGAGGACCUGAAAAUCAUUCUCACACAGCUGCCAAAACAGAGGAUGGGGUAGUUAGGAACUGUAGUUUUAGCUCAUCAGAACGCCCCGGGUUCAGGAAUAGGUAGAGAGUUUGUUAAAAUCAGUGCUCUGGAGGACAAACAACGACACCAGAAGAAUUUGCUUGGUAAAUUUUGAAUUAAGAAAAGAUGCUGAUUGCAUCCGAAGGUGAUUACGGCUUGGGUCUGGUUAUAUGAGUGAAGUUUACCGAUUAUUAUGGUAGAAAUUUUGUCAUCGCUCAAAACACGAGUCUAUUUUACGAAAUGUGAAGAAUGUUUAUGUACAGGAAUUGCUAACAACUGUUAUUUGUUAUUUAACAAUUUAGUUAUUGACUACUGAGUGAGUCCAUGUUUGACUACAAUAAUUAUAUUAUUUUCCUUUCUUCUGAUAUCGAAAAUGUGUUUAAGAAGAGGGCUUUUUGAGAAAUGUUUACAGCUUAAGUAGGGGGUGCACCAUAAAAAUAAACUUGCUCGGAUUUUAAAAAUUUUUGUACCAUUGUUUUCUAGAGACUGUGAGAAUUUUCACAAUACCAAAUUUGUCAUACCUUUUUAAAAAGAUCAGUGAGUUUCGCCUAGGUGCCAUAUUUGAUGGUGCGCGGCUUUUGGAGCAAAAUUAGCUGUAAAAGUCGCGUAAUUUGACCAAAUUUGACAAAAUUCGUUGAUUUUUGUCGUAUUAUUUGGAUAUAUCUUCAGUUCCUUGAAUGAGAUCAUUCUGAAAAUUGGCGACGACCUUCCAAUAGGGCUUUCACAACUGUCCGAAAAAUUUGGUGGAUAUCGGAGUUGAUAUAGUGAUCAAAAUGGGGCAAAAUACGCUGCUUUUAGCUGUAACAUAAUGUCUGAUGGUUGGAUAUGCUUUAAACUUUUCGGACACUUUCCUUAAUUGUAAGUCUAUGAGUAAGCUGACUAAUUUUUGUUGCUGUCGGAGGUCGGGAAGGAUACGUAAUAUCUAUUUGUUUGAAGAAAAUUGUGCUGGCCGAAAUUAGCGCUAAAAAACCAUCCUACAGUCAGCACGCACGGCUCACUGUCGAUGGCGCAGUACCUAGCUUAAGCCAAUGAGGUACACGAUAAUCUCAUAAACAAUAAUAUCACUUCUGAUAUCGAAAAUAUGUUUAAAAAGUCAGCAAUUGCCCUAUCGAGCAUUGCAUCGAUGUCAGGAACUUGGAAAAUAUUUACAUUUUAAUGGCUCUGGUUAGCUUAUUUUGAUAACGUUUCAGGACAUCAAAAAACUAUAAUCCGUUUAUUCAUUUUAUUUUGCACAAUAACUUUUUCGAGAUAAGGAAGCCAGACCAUGUUCAAUUGACAUUUCCCAAUUUAAUUGUAUUUUUUGUUUUAAUUUUGUUA